ACUCACCCAAACGCACGCAUGCAUCGGCGGGAGCCACUUGGCGGGAAACACCUGUGCGUGGGAAAGGAAAGCGCGCCAACAUGGCACGAGUGGACUUGAGCGAGAGCGCCGAGCACAUGUACCACCGCCGCCGCGCACAAAGUGACUCGAACGUGUGACUCCUCCAGGGCGAACCACUUCCGCCGCCGCUUCCACUCUCAUGCCUCAAAACGCCGCGUAAAAGGGGUUUUCCUACGCCAUGUCGCGCCUGCAACUAGACCCGGCGGCGAGAUUGGUUGAUCCUUUGCAGCUCCCGCAGCUGAUGGCCGCCCAGCAGCAGCAGCGGCAGCAGCAGCCAGCCCCGGCGUGGCCCCCCGAUCCAUUGGGGGCCACGCCGGGGCCGCGCAACUCCACGCCGGCCGGUGCGCCGCAGCAGCAGCACGCCUUCCCCUGGACGAUGACUGUCCUCGCCGUCGUGCUCAUCACCACCAUCGUGGUGGACGUUAUUGGCAACCUGCUUGUCAUCCUGUCCGUUUUCAGGAACAGGAAACUCAGGAAAACUGGAAACGCGUUCGUAGUGAGCCUGGCGCUGGCUGACCUUUUGGUGGCCGUGUACCCGUAUCCGCUGGUGCUGACGGCAAUCUUCCACGACGGCUGGAUCGCAGGAUACCUGCACUGCCAGGUGAGCGGCUUCCUGAUGGGCCUGAGCGUGAUCGGCUCCAUCUUCAACAUCACAGGCAUCGCCAUCAACCGCUACUGCUACAUCUGCCACAGCCUGCGCUACGACCGGCUGUUCUCAGGUGCCAACACCAUGUGCUACGUGGCGUUGGUGUGGGCGAUGACCGUACUGGCCAUCGUGCCCAACUGGUUCAUGGAGUCACUGCAGUACGACCCACGCGUCUAUUCAUGCACCUUUGCCCAGUCGGUGAGCUCGGCGUACACCAUCGCCGUGGUGGUGGUCCACUUUGUGCUCCCCAUCGCCAUUGUCAGCUACUGCUACCUGCGCAUCUGGAUGCUGGUCAUUCGCGUGAGGCGCCGCGUCAAACCCGAUUCGCGGCCCAAGCUCAAGCCGCAUGACAUGCGCAACUUCCUCACCAUGUUUGUGGUGUUUGUGCUGUUCGCCGUGUGCUGGGCUCCACUCAACCUCAUCGGCCUGGCGGUGGCGUUGGACUCACGGCUAGGCCUUGCCAUCCCCGAGUGGCUCUUUACUGCCAGCUACUUUAUGGCCUACUUCAACAGUUGCCUCAAUGCCGUCGUCUACGGCGUACUCAACCACAACUUCAGGAAGGAGUACAAGCGCAUCGUGCUCGUCAUCUUCAAGUUCAACUGUUGAGGGCGGGUGGGCGCCGUUUGAGUUGAACGUUUGAGAUGGACAAUACUACUGGGAAGAUGGAAUCACUCUUGUUCUUAGAAAUACCAUCAAGCUGUGAGGAUUUUUGAAUGAGCCUUCCUGGCAAACCGAAAAAAAGAGAUGUUUGAAAAUGGCGGCAAAGUGUUGGCGCUUUUUUAGGAAAUCAUCAAGGUUCAUUUUGAAACUGUCCGACCUUGCGAGUAAGGGAGAAAAAAUUUGGCCUUUCUUUCAGCAUGAGUUUUUCUUCAAUAUUAAUAUUAAAAGACAACCGGAACAAAUGGGCUCAUUGAUUGAUCAAAAGAUUUACAUUUAACAAAUUAUCAGUUUAACAAUCACUACAUUUCCCUCAAGCCUCACGUUCUGCAUAUCUGAAUUCAAAGUCCCUUUCUGGAGUCUAAUGCUACAUUCAGGGGUACUGGGAAACAAAAAUGUAAAUACUAUAGCAAUGGGAAAACCACAUAAUCGCAUUUCCCACAAGCAUCAGUCGUCACAUUCUGCAUACUGAAUGAUUGCUGAAAAAUUAUCCAACAAGUCUCCUUACAUCUCACUCUGCUGAUUUAAGGAAACUGGGGAGGGCAUUCCAAACAUCUUGGUUUAAAAAAUAAAUCUAGUAUUAUAAUAAAAAAUCACUUUGUUCCGGGUUAUGACAACAUAGACUUCACAUUCGCUUUCUGUAAUUAGAUGCUGGUUUGAAGGACACUGGGGAAACGGAAACUAAACUACUCGUGGUACUACAAGUAACACGUUAUUUGUAUCUUCACUACAUUCCCCACAAGCUUCACUCGCUGCAUCCUACCAAGAAACCUGGGAAAGCAGAAAAUUCAGCUUGAGGUAAUCAGACUUAUAUGAAUGGACUAUCAAUAGGCCCGUUGCUGAUUCCUGCUUAAACAAUUCACGACAAGCAUUUGCAUAGUUGCUUUCUGAUUUUGUCAUUUUUUUAAGAUUACAGUCAAUUUUUGAUUGUUUGAUCCCAUCAGCUUCUUCAUGGGAUUUCACAUUUUUCCUUUGGCAUCUGUUAUAAAAGAUAUAACAGUGUAUUCGUCAUUGCGUAGUUUGCCUAUGAUCAUUAUCUCCACACUGACCCUGAACAUGCACAGGACCCAGGUUGCACCACAUCCUCCUCCCCCUCCUUCUUGUUUGUUAAUUGGUUCCGACUACUAUAUUGUCAGUGUAAUAAAAAGGGGGCAGAAAUUACUGUGACUCAUCAGACACACACACACACACACACACUUUACAUGGUGACCACAUCACUGUUACAUAAAAUGUGGAGGAGGCUUAUGUAUUUAUCAUAUGCUUUUAUUGUGUGUGAGUAACAAGUGUGUUUUCAAAAACAAUUGUAAACUGUCAAGAUGAGAUACAGUCACAGUGCAUCACCGCCGCGUGGAACUCUACCCAGGAACCAGGACCUCUUUGGGGACCAUUUCUAAAUGUAGUUUUGAAACCCUUCCGAGCAGGGUAGACAAGAAUCGAUAUUUUUGGCACGGUCUGAUCAAAGCUUGAAGAUGGAAGGAACUACAAGUAGCAAGAACAUAAGGUUACAAUUUUUUUAGGUGUACCUAUAACCAAAUGAUGUGGUUCAUGGGCCAAAACGAGGUUGUAUUUUUGAAAGGUGCAAAAACCUAACUAACAAGAACCUGGUUCUCUGAACUAAAUCUGACUGGAACAUUUUAGUUUCAGAAAGUUCAGUAACUGAGAACUAAAAGAUAAAAAAAAAAGUGGAAAUGCAGACUGUGAGCAGUCGCCAUGGAAACAAGCGUCUGUGUGUUUACACGAUUUUAAUCAAACUUUUUUUCAGGAAAAAAAAAGCCUCAACUUUGGUCUAAAAAGUGAAUAUGGAAUGUUCAAAUAAAUAUAAAAGGUUUGUAAAUAGGAUUGUCGUAGGGACAUUUUCAAAUGUCAAGAUUUUUGAAAUGCUACUAGGUGAUGAUCCUCCCUCUGCCAUACACACUGUGAAAAAGAUGAACUUUUUUGUUGACAGCUGACGUAGUUUUUGUUAGCAUGCUUAAAUAUGUUUUGUUGACUUUUAUUUGCCAUGCUUUCUUGCAAUGCUGAAACAAUGUCUUUGUUGGCAUGUUUUUUUUAACAUGCUUAAGUUGGCAAUUUUUUUGACAUGCUAAAACAUGCGUGAUGACAUGCAAAAAUGUUGAGCUGAUAUGAACGCUUUGUUGACAUGCUGAAACACGCUAUUUUUUAUGUGAUUAGUUGAUGUUUUGUUUUUUUUUUUUACAUUUUGGUUGAUUACAUUUUAAUUGAUAUAAACAGGAGAUUUUGGUUGAUAUAAUUGAGUUGACAUGCUGAAACAAAAACGUGUUUGUUUUUGUUGGCAUGUUUCGUGGACAUGUUUUUGUUGACAUUCUAAAAUAUUUUUGUUGACAUCCUGAAUUGUGUUUUUGAUGACACAUUUCAUUGGCACACUUUACUUUACAAAAUGUUGUUGGUGCGCUGAAACAUUUUUAGUUGACAUGUUUUUCUUGACAUGCUCAAACCUAUUUUGUUGAUUUCGUUGACAUGCUGGAACAUAUUUUGUUGGCAAGUUUUCGUUGACACGCUGAAACGAGUUAUUGAUUUGUUGUUGGUUUCACGCCAAAUGUGUACAAAAUAUUUAUGAUACAACUUCCAUACAAUACCUCACUUCUACCUUAUAAUUUUUACACUGCUUUACUUUGGCACUUUUCAGCUCGUAGCUGGCUGAUAACUGGCUUCGCAUUGUUCCUGCAGCCCAACAAGCGCACACUACCUAUCACAUAGUUAAAUGACAUACGACAUACACACAAUGCAGUACACGCACACAAUACAACAUACAACACAAAAUGACAAUGGAGGACAAAUAGGUGUAAAAUGAGUUGUAAACCAUUGUGUUUUGUCUUCUUGUCACCUUGAAAUGACCUCGCAACAGCAGUGUUGUCAAAAAGCCUCAAAAGAUGGAAAAUGUGAAUUGCAAUCAAUGGUGCACUGAAGGGAGUGUGAGCAAGCUGACAGUGGGAAGCGUCACAUGACCUUUUUGCACAUCGCCAUGUGGCACCCUUAAAACCUUUGCAAACAACCAAAGUUUGGGUCAAUUUGACUCAACCUUUGGUUGUUUGCAUAAAUCAACCCAAUUUUAGAGGGGGAGACAGGAAGUUAGGUCAAACUGACCCAAGUUCAUGGCUCGUCCUAAAUGUGGUUGUUUUUGACCCAACUUUUUUAAGUUCCCACUGAAUGUUUUUGCCACACUGGUAUGAAGAUGCUAACGGAGCUGAGCUAAUAAAACAUUCACUGUGAUAACAGG